AUGGAUAAUGAAUGGCUGACUCAUCUAUACCCUCUUUUCCUUUCCCGACGCUCGCUCGGGAAUCUAUCUUUCUCCAACUACUUCAUCCUUCCAUACUACCUCCACUACCCACGGGAGACUAUGCGACUUUCUAUCUCCUGUGAUGGCUGUCGGCAAGCUAAGGUUAAAUGCGUCCAUGACGGCCACCCGCCUUGCCGUCGCUGUCAACGCCUCAACCGCCAGGCCUCAUGUUUGCUUACAGACCCAAGAUCAUCCCCAUUGAGGCCGCGGAAGCAUCAAUUACGCACGCCAGCUAGAUCUUCGCCUUCAUCACAGCCAAGAAGUAACACGCAGGCGUCUCCUAGCGGGCUGAACUUCGACCCAAUCGCAACAUUAUCCCCAGCCACCAUCAUCUGUGCGUGCGACACGUAUCGGAAAAAGUUUCCGGUCGCCAAUUUCCUUCAUUAUCCGUCGCUCAUUACCGAUGUUUCGUCCAACUUGUCGUCCGUGGAGCCGGUGUUUUUGGCUUCGUUACUUUCGUUGUGUGCUCGAUUCCUGCCCGACCAUCAUCUCCAUCCAGGGGAGACCUAUGCCGAGUAUGCUCGCAAUCACUUGGCUCAUCGCGUUUUCGAGGGCCCGUCCCUGUACCUUGCCCAAUCACUUGUCAUGAUUGCGCUCUAUGAGUGGGGAUCGGGUCGACCGUACAAGGCCUGGAUGUACAGUGGAAUGGCAACGUACAUGAUCCAGUCUCUCUUGAAGACAGCUGAUGAUAGUAUGGAGCAUAACCCGGAGGAAUUCUAUGCCUCCCAAACCCAGUACGAACAGCUGGUCCGCACUUAUUGGUGUUGCUUUGCCCAGGAUUGCGAACUGAGCUCAGGUGCUCGCCAACAUUUUGCGCUUUCUUUUCGCCAGAUAUCCGUCCCGCUACCCAUCAGUGAUGGAGACUUUAAUUAUGGCCACGUCCCCCCUAGGCGAUGGAUGCCUGCCGACAUGAGUCGAGACUCUCCGUUAUUCACAACGUUAGCUAUUGACCAUGGCCUCACCAUUGUCACACGCGGUUUUGAUAUAUUUGUGCGAAUAUUGCGUUUCGCCAAUGAAAGCCGCCGCGGACAGGCCUUUUCAACUCCGACAGUGACACCAUCGACACAACAGACGUGGCAGAAUUUGAAAAAGGAACUCGACGAAUGGAGGUCAUUGCAGGACCCUACCGUGCAAUAUCCUGUCACCUCCGCGCAGGUGCAUGUGGCCAUGGGCCAUGGCGAGUUGUUUGCAUACAUCAACCUUGUAUAUUUUAUGAGUGUUCUCUUUUUGUAUCGUGAUCGAGUGUUGUCGGGUGUCAAAGUCCACUCAGAGGACCAUGGGCAAGGGGCACCAAAUAUCCAAGAGAUAACAUCGGCAGAAAAAGCAAUUGCCUACCUAUUUGAGGCAGCUCAAAAUAUCGGCGGGAUUCUCUCUGCGUUGGAAACAUCGGGGGCGCCGGUCAUCACCCCGUACGCUGGAUUUAGUGUCUUUGUUGCUGCGCAUAUCAACAUGUAUGGCACAGUGUCACCUCGACUAUACCCUGGAGGCCAAGAAAAAGCGGAACAAGAGAAAAGUGCCAAUUUCUUCUACCUUGAACGCCUCUGUGAAUUAUGGCCGGUUGGAAACAACUGGUGGCGGACUGUGCAAGAAGCCAACAGAUUCUAUGAGACAGCGAGGGGCAAUCAAGAGAAUGCUGGCUCAUCUGACGGCGCAAAUCCCCUGGCCCUAGGAGGCACUCUGGAUGAAUAUGGAGAUAUUCGAGCACAUCAGACUUUAACUGCGAGGCAUGGAACAUCUACCUCGGAGACACCAGGGCCUCAGCAUCCGCGAAGAAGGAAUUCUGUUCCAUCCUCUACACUUCCCACCAACGAGAACAUAAUAUUCGAACACCAUGAUCUGGAGACGGAAAUGCUGCAAUGGCCAUUCAUUAGCGAGGCUUGGUCGUCGGGAUUCGACACCGGCUUUGACUCUGCAUGGCCGAGCUUAGGUUGA